AUGUCCAACAAUUCUCCCCUACAAGAAUUGCCUCAUGAAAUUCUCACUCACAUCUUCUCCUUCCUCUUGCCAGGACAAGAUCAAUACCAUCACUCAAUGGAUAUUUACAAAAUCAUGGUACGGGAUAUUUUACCAUCCAGUCAUACAUGUAUGGCCUUUCGGAAAGUGAUUCGGAACAAUCAAGAACUUUGGAAGUAUUGUUUUUUUGAUCUGCUGUAUGGAUGGAUGGCUUCUGAUGAUUUCUUUGAUACACGUGUUGUUUCUUCGUUGAUGAGAGAAAGGGACGCUCAUAAGACAGACAAAAUACGCGAGCGUAAAUGCUACAUUUAUGAAAUUGGUUAUCACACAAUGAUGAAAUUUAUUCGACAUGUGGCAGGUGAACCAUCCCAUGUGAUUCAGAAGAUGACUCUUCAGAAUCCACCAUCACAUUUGCAUCAAGUCGAUGAUAAUGCAACAAUUGAUGAUUUGUUUCAAGAGUCAAGUACUGUGAUCGAAUGGAUGGACCUUGUUUUUGCUGAUCUAGCCAAUGUUAGACAGUUAGUAUUUAUGAGCUCAACUGUUGCCGAAGACGAGUUGAAAGAAUUGAAUAAGAUCAUCUUGUGGGAACAAAAAGGAACUCUUUCAAGUGAUUGCAUCACAGUGAUUGAAAUUAAUGAAGCUUCUUCCUCAUGUCAUGUGAAAAAUUGCAAGUCGCUCAGAUACAUUGAUAUUCGAACAAAUCAAAUUGUUCACAUAGAUUGGGAAAACCUUGGUGUUGAACAGAACACAGAGAUUACUGUCAACAUCUGGGAAGGAAAUGCGUUUCCACCCUUGACAGGAAUAAUUUACAGCAAUGCAAGACACGUCUUUGAGAAAUUUGUCAAUUUGAGCCUAUACAAUGGUAGCUAUUUUAUUGACCUUCAUGCAUUGCCCAAUUUACACACCUUUAGUUGGGAAAAUUGUAAUACCGAGAAUCACAACAACGUGAUCACCAUGGAUAGAGACAAGAUCCACAAAAAGAUCAAAUUUAUUAAUAUUAAGAAUGUGUGUUUCGAGACGCUCCAACUGAAACUCAAUGCCCCCAACCUGCGACAACUCAUUAUUAUGGAUAUUCGAAUGAUUUCAUGUCGACCAAGUGCGUUAGUAGAGCUUGUUCACACCCCACGACUGCUUUUGAAAAUUUUGGAACUUUCAGAAUAG